AUGGCGAAGCUGAUCAGAGUCCUUGGUUCAGCUAGCCGCUGUUUGGAUGUUGAGGCUGAGCGCUACGGCUGUCCACUUUUCGCCGCAGCUGCUACAAGCAGCGAACAGGCUCUUGAAGUGUGUUUAGAAUCAAUUAGUGUGCGAAAAGAUGAGAGUAGCCCUGUUGCAGCAGUGCAGCAGAGCUUGGGCACGACGGGGUUCUUACGAUUUUACUCAAAUCUAGGAGGUUUGCGAUUGAUUCAAAAGAUUCAAAAGAUUCAAAAGAUAGGACUUUACUGUGGUGGGCUUGCAGGAAUGGCUGUGAGAUGUCCGCAAGGUUGUUACUUGCUGCAGACUCCACCAUGA